CAAGUGUUUGUGUUAAUGCCAUUUUUAUUUUGGGGUUUUUUUUGCAGCAAAGUUGUGUGGUUAUCCUUUGGUCAAGUGUUGACGGUGAUUUCUCAGAAGAGCCAUUCGCAGAGGCUCACCAAGCACCAGAGCAAGAUGACUGAAAACAGUAAUAUUGAAGCAGCAGGGAUGUCUGCUAGCACUCAACCAUCUUCUCCACCGUCAGGUGUUCGUAAGAAUCGGUCAGCUGUCUGGGAUCAUUUUGAUGUGGAGAAUGCUACCGAGAAGAAGGCUAAAUGCAAAUAUUGUGGUAGCUUAAUACAAUAUAGGAAUGGAACCAGCUCAAUGGGUGGUCAUUUGAGAAGAUGCAAGCAAAAUCCUAAUAAUGAUUCGAACAAAAGAAGAAAAACAAUGACCACACCGACUAUAGAUGAGCGUGGUGUUUUAAAUUCACCCAGUGCUUCCAAAUUUGACCAAGAGGAGGCUCGAAGGGCACUUGUGGAAAUGUUUAUUGGGGAAGAGCUACCAUUUCGCUUCAUUGAAAGCCCGAAAUUCCAAAAAUUUGUGCAUGCCCUACAAGCAAGAUUCAAAGUUCCUUCACGGACUACAUUAGCACGUGACAUUGGAGCUCUUUAUGCUGAAGAGAAGAUGAAGUUGCAAGAUUUUCUUUCGGCAAAUUAUGGUAGAAAAGGAUGAGGGUUAAGUAUGAGAAGUAUUGGAGCAAUCCUGAUUCGGUGAAUAUGUUGUUAUUGAUUGCUAUCGUACUUAAUCCAAUGCAAAAGAUUGAGUAUGUCAAUUAUUUCUUGGAUUACUUCUUUGGAGAAGAAAAAGGAGGCGAAUUGAAGUCAAAGUUGUCCA